AUGGACCUUAUUCAAGAGGCUGGUUUAAUGAAGACUGUGACUCAGUUCUCAAAGUGCUAUGAGAUGUUAGUAAAGGAAUUUAUUGUCAAUGUGUCUGAAGAAUGUGAUGAUGGAAAGUCUAAGGAAUUCAGAAAAGUGUAUGUGCGAGUCAUCACUGCUAAUCAAGUCAGGAAGUGGCCUCUCAAAGGAAAGUUGGUUGCCAGCAAACUGAGUGUCAAGUAUGCAAUGCUGCACAAAAUUGAAGCUGCUAACUGGGUGCCCACCAAUCAUAAAUCUACGGUUGCUGUAAUGCUUGGAAAGUUCAUAUAUGUUGUUGGAACCAAAGCCAAUUUUGACUAUGGAUCCUAUAUUUUUGAUCAAACUUUGAAGUAUGCAGGAAGCUUCAGUGUGAAGGGGCCUAUAGCCUUUCCUUCUCUCAUCUGUGGUAUUAUUUUGAAUCAGUUUCCAAACAUCGUAACAGAGAAUGAUUCUGUGAAGAAAAGAGACAUCCCUUUGUCCUUCAAUCAUAAGUUGUUCCUAGGUACCCAUGUUCCUGACAUUGCCAUGACAACAGGUGAGACAUCCCGUGUAAGCAAUCAACCAGGUAAAGAUGUUGUCAUUGCAAUGCUCAAAGAAACUUGCAAGGAGCUAGAGGCAAGGAAGCUAAACUUGGAAAAAUUGAUUAGCAAGUUGCAGAUGAUUGAAGGUGAUGUGCUUGGUGAAGCUGCUGCUGCUGCAGAAGGAGCUGAAAGACAAGGUGAAGAGGGAGAAGCAGAUGCCAAUCCUGAUGAUGGCACAAAUGAUGAUGUUGACUCUGAGUCAGAUGACUAG